AUGCCUCACGGCCAGAAGCAACAUGAGCUCCAUCCUGAUGUUGACCAAGACCUUCAGGCCCAAAUAGAAGCCUUGAGCCUGUCGGAUGCAGAUGAGGAAGCCUCUUCCUCCUCUACUACUGUGGAAAACACGCUAUCAAGCAAACCAAAAGAAGGGUCCAGCGGCCAAAAAAAGGAGGGUGCAAGUGCCUCAAAGGCCCACCCAGAGGCUGAGCUGCUGCUCACUACUUCUCUAGGGAAGAAGGUGUCUGAGUUGGUGAAGUAUCUGAGUAUCAAGUACACAACAAAGGAUCGCGUCACAGAGGAAGAAAUAAAGAAAAAUGUCAUCAAAGAGUUCAAAAAUUACUACCCUAUGAUCUUCAGGAAUGCCUGCGAAUGCAUGGAAGUGGUCUUUGGCAUUGAAGUAAAGGAAGUGGAUCCCAUCAGCCACUCCUAUGUGCUCAUCAAAAUGCUCGAUCUUACCUACGAUGGAAGGUGCCAUAAUGAGCAAGGUCUACCCCAAACUGGUCUCCUCAUACUUAUUUUGGGUCUGGUCUUCAUGGAGGGAAACUGUGCUUCCGAAGAGAAGGUCUGGGAGAUACUGCGUAUGAUUGGUGUGUACGCUGAGAAGAAGGAUUUCAUCUAUGGGGAUCCAAAGAAGCUUAUCACUGAAGUUUUCGUGCAGGAGAAAUACCUGGAGUACCAGCUGGUGCCCAACAGCAAUCCUGCUCGCUAUGAGUUUAAGUGGGGCCCAAGAGCCUAUGCUGAAACCAGCAAGAUGAAAGUCCUGCAGUUUUUCUCCAAGGUCAGUGGGAGUAGCCCCACAGCCUUUGUUUCCUUGUAUAAAGAAGCUUUGAAAGAUGAAGAAGAGAAAGCCAAGCUUGCGUUGGCCAACGUGAAUGCUGCCCCUGUCACCAAAGCCAAGUCUAGCAGCGAUUCCUGCCCCUCCGACAAAUAG